CAAGAUUGUCUUCAAAGGAAACGACCCGUCCGGAUUCUUCACUCUCAACGCUGUCGGCCGCUGUUUGAGAUGUGAGAUCACCUUACGUCAUCUAUCUUCCACUCUCUUUGUCCUGCUGUGCCACAACCGUCAGCAAUACAUUUAAGGACGGCUAUCCCUGAAAGAUCCGCAAAACGUAAAGUGAACCCACCUCCACAAGUUUUCUGCAGCCACCCAAGCAUGCCCGACUCGUCUUUGCGUAAACCAGGUCCAGUUGUGACCUCCUGGACAGAACUGCAGAUUCCUCUCUGCAACACGAUCGAAGACAGGAACUCCUCAGACGGGAAGAAAUGGCUCUCGCUCACUACCUAUCACAAUCCAGCAAAAACGCCUGGCUUCAGAAAGGCCUUCUUCGGCCGCACAAUCGAAUUUCCAGAAACAGUGUGGUAUAUCACAGCGUGGGAGUCGCAGGCCGCUCUAGACGUGUUCGAAAGGUCCGAGGACUAUCGGCUACAGCGUGAAGAGCACUCACAGCUCAGCUGCACCGCGUUGAAGACACAUCACUGUGAUAUCUGGUCCUUCUUCUGGAACCACCUUGGCGAGAAGAUCGAUGUCAUCGAUGCCUUCUUCCCACCUACCAUCUCCAAAGAGUCUAAAGCAAACGCUGAUCAAGCCCGUGGACUAGUUUACCAUUUCGCUCCCGGUGGGUCUCGUCCGUCAGCAUACACAUCCCGCCCGACACGUGGCUGGGUUCAUGGGACCAGGGAUUUUGCAGGCCAGGAGGCGGCUGUAUUGCGCUUCAUGCAUUUUUGGAAGAGCGACGAGAGCGAGAGGGAGUUCAAGGCUUCAGCGGGGAUUACGGUCAGUCCGGAUUCACGCUAUCUGACGCUCUACGAUCACAUGAUGGAGCAGUUGAAGGACGCAGGCUUGCUGGGUAUCAAAGAGUUUCACUGCAAACUUGUGGAGCUUCCGAAUUACUAUCGAGAUCCGAGCAAUUACCCCCCAAAUGAGGGCGGCGAUGAUUCUGAGUAGGAGGCAAUUCGGAGGAAGAGCUGGAAACAGAAGAACGAGACGGUUAUAACUGCAAUCUCCUACAAAACUAAGAAAAUAUAAAGCGCCAAUACCUCAUUUUUCUAACCCGGUACUACAUGCGUACCCUAAGGCUUUACUAAUUUACCCGUGUUCCAUCGGUAUGGUGGAUCUCCUUUGCUGCCCAAGUAAUAGGACCAUACAAAGAAUACAAGGCUGUCGGGAUUGGUUCUUGCUUCUUCUGCUUUGCGGAUCUUAACAAGGUCUAAGCAAAGAGUUGGUUUGGCUACAAAAAAUGAGUUUCUUCGCUAGCAAGCAUAAGG